AACGAAUUAAAAUAUUUUUAUGAUAAUAUGUAUAUAUCGUGCUUCUACGUAAUCAUCACUCCUAGUAUCGACUGGUCAAACUGGAUAUUAUUACUCACAAACGCACGGUCAAUAAAGUCGGGGAUAUUGUUUUACAAACACGUCGGUUGCAUUAUUUGUCAUAGACUAUAUCUUUGAUUAGUCUAUUGGAAUCACAGCAUGUUUUUUAUAACAUUGUUUACGAACGGUAUCCUUAUCACGCUGACUUUUAAUCCUUGUUUUGUGAAAACGAACCAAAUCAUAAGUUCCGUAGGGUAUGAAUUCGUGCCAUAUCACGAAAAUAAUCCAAACACAUUCGAUUCCGGAUUAUUUGGCCUUGGAUCUUUCAAUCGGAAGCAUUUCGGGUUUAGUCAUCCCGGAUUCCCUCCUCAAUUCGAUCAUCCUCCAUUUGACCAUCAUGGGAGCUCCGGCCAAAAUUUAUACCCAGUAGCGCCAGAUCAAAAUAUUUACCAUGGUCAUCGACCGUGGUUUGGACAGAAUCCUAGACCACAUUAUUCUGAAAGACCACACUGGAACCUGGACACAGGCCAAGCAUUUCCAAGCCACGGGUACCAUCAUAGUCCUCAACCACAUGCACCGUAUUUUCAAGAUAAUCAAUAUGGUCAUUUCAACCACCCCGACCCUUGGUUUGGUAGGCCACCAAAUUCUGGACAUAGCCCCUUGCGUCCAAAUGGAGCACCAAACUUUAAACCCUGGUUAGAAAAUUCUGACCAUGAUAAAUUUCCGGGACAACAUGAAAUGUUUGAAUCUCCGGGUCAAGGUAGCUGGCAAAAUCAAAUACCGACACAAACGUCAACAUCAAGUUGGCAAAAUCAAAUACCGACCUUAACGUCAACCCCAAGCUGGCAAAACACUUCUCCCCAAGGAACCAAUAGUGUUGAUUUGAAUAAUAAACCCCAGGUGGAUUCUGGUUCUAAUACGCAACCCGACGAUUCAUCAAAUUUUAAUAACACUAACAACGAUGAAGACGAUAAUGCCGAUGAUGACGAACCAGUAGCUGUUCUGGGAAGGCCAGUACUGGUAUCAGCAGUUUCUCCUCCAAUAGAUGGGAUAAAAUUUAACAACAAUAGCACCGAUCCCGUUCAGACGCAAUGUGCACAAGACUGCCCGACGACCACCGAGUAUGCACCUGUGUGUGGCACGAAUAAAAUUACUUACUACAAUCCGGGAAGAUUUAAAUGUGCUCGCGAUUGUGGUGUCAAUGUAUUCAUAGCACAUCAAGGAAAAUGCAAAAAACGAGUGGUUUCAACAGGACUUCGCAAUAGUAACAAGAAUAAAACAAAUUAAAUCACUCAGAUAGUAUUAUGUUAGUACAUACUUAUAUUUCAGAGAAAAA